GUCAAUACGGACCUCAUGCGGACUUGAUAUACACGCUCGUGUGGCUACAUGGAGGGUUUGCUUAUGCUACGGUCACAUUUCCAAACCGGGACCCGGUCGGGCAGCUUUCGGGAACGAAAGGAUAAGAAAACUCACAGAAUUUACACAAAAUAGUCAUCAGCGUAAUCUGUGUAACAGUUAUAUUCCUUGAUAAACAUUUCUAUUUUUCGUUCCCGCAAACAUCCCGACCGGGUCCCAGCUUGGAAAUGUGACCUAAGCAUUUAAGUCGGGUUACUACAGUUAUGGCAUGCUUCGGUAUCAUACUUGAUCAUACUGACUACUGUGAUCCUAGUACAUUGUGAUAGCUUAACGUCCACAGUCUUUAAGCCAGAAAGUAAACAAAAGACCGUACACCGUCAAGUAAGCUUUGCACCUUAUCCCGAAUGGCCGGGCGUGUUUGUUACAUUUCUGUAGGCCUGACAAAUGUCCUAGUUCAGUUGUCAACCAGGCCAGGUAUCUGAAGUUUGCCUAUAGUCAAUGCGGUGGUGGCGCUUAAUCUCCAAGCAGAUCCUACGGUAGCAUAAGAUAGUAUCAAAAGCUGUCAGAGGAGUGAAGCCAGCUUCGGAGUGUGUUUCGCUACCGCUACAGGGAAAAUCUGGCUGACUUCACUCCUUGACCAGUUUGGUACUAUUUUUUUGCCAUUGUAGGAUCUGCUUAUAGAUUAGGUGGUGCUUCGAAACUGAGGAAAAUUUUAUUUUCAUAAAUUUUGUAACCCCACAAAAGAAUUUUGCAGAUAUUUGGACGUCAAGAGUGUACUAGUAGUUGGUUACAAACGGCCACAAUAUUCUCCUUAGCUUUAAAACGCAGCACUAUUUCUAUGUUUAUUCGUGAACUAACAGUACGUGAAAAUUCUUUGUAGAACCUACAAUAUCCUUCGGUAGUCAUGAAUAAAAAAAAUUCAAGGGGUAUCAUUUGUAUCAACAAUCGGUGCCGUUUGGCUUAAGCUUAAAGCUGCCGGCGGCGAUAUUGUGUCUUACGGUGUGGAUAUUGGGUAAUCAAGUAGUUCCUCCAGAGGUCAAUCGGGGUCACGCCAAAAGACAGGACCGCUAUCUGGAUAUCUGGAGCUACAGGCAGUCGAGGGGGAGGGUUUGUGUGGUCAUUCCGACAAGAUUUUAUCCAGAAAUGUUAACAGUAUGGGGUCUCCAGAGGAUGAACAUUGGUCAAAUGUAACUAGAAGCGGGUGGUUAGCUACAAGGUGCCGGCCAAAUGCAGUACAAGCAGGAAGUAGCAGCCAAUAUCAAGACAGAAUCCAGACUGACAUCAACACACACAUCUGAUAAUGGAGCCUGGAGGUACAGAUGCACACAUGAUCUCAGAUCCACCACAAGACCCUGAGAUGGAGGCAGAUAAAGGCCGACCCUACAAGUGUCGCUUCUGCGACUACGCCGCCACCCAGCGGACUCACCUGCGCUGCCAUGAACGGACGCACACGGGAGAGAAGCCGUACAAGUGCAACCUGUGUGGGUACGCGGCGGCCCAGAAAACCAACCUGAACUCGCACAAGCGCGUGCACAGCGGGGAGCGCCCGUACAAGUGUAAGAUGUGUCCGUACGCCGCCAUACAACGGUCCAACCUCACCAGCCACUACAGGGCCAAACACGGCGUGCAGAAACCCACCAUCUAUAUCGAGCACGGCAGCCCGCCAAGAAUGCGGGUGGAACAACAAGACGGCAACGCACUCUCAGACAUUGCUGAUGCGCACGGUAUAGAGCAAGUCCAGGGUUUUAGCAACACUGGGUUUUCACCAUAUCCCAACCAAGGUGAACACUCGCCAGGAUUUACAAUGGUUAGAACUCCCUCUCUUCACAUGGCCGUGAAUGGAAACCACAUCAAUGUACCUGCCAGCAUUGGAAGCUACACAGCUAGGCAAUCAGAGAGGACUUCUUCUACAGCCAGUUCAUGUGGGCAGGGAGAGGAAAUCAUGGACUUAACCUGCAUCAAAAAGGAGGAGGCUGUUGGUGUCUCAGAAGAAUCUCAGCCACUGGAUAACAACAAAGAUGAGGCAGCUCUCACACACACAUCUUCAAGCUAGUGGAAGACAAAGACAAGACAGUGAGAGUCCAGGUAUAAGUGUUGACUCUGUUGGAACACAGAGGUAUAUACAUGUAUAUGACAGUCAAGAAAAAGGCCAGAAUGCUUCAAUCCAUAACCACGACCAACAAAGUCAAGAAACACAGAAAAAUUACAUUUCUGUAGAAAAUAGUCCACAUCAUCAUGUAGUACAAAGAAACAAUUCUUACCCCGGCAGUAGUGGAAACACAGAAAGCGCAUGGAGAGGAACUCGUCAGUUUGUACAGGAAAAUUCACAUGACGAGUCCAGCCAACCUUCCGAUGAGUAUCAGUCAGGAGAAUCCACUGCCCAAUUCAGCUCUCCUCAAGUUCAAACACAAGUUCCUUCCCUGAGAAGCAGCCCUGGUGUUUCCACCCAUAGGCACAUGUGCCAUUACUGUGAUCUCUCCUUUGGAGACUACCUGAUGUAUACUGUACACAUGGGUUUCCACACCUAUGGGGACCCCCUGAGGUGUAAUAUGUGUGGCGUGAAGUACAGAAUUCCGCUGGAGUUUUUUGUUCACACUCACUCAGGUGUGCAUGGAAGCACUGCUGAUC